AUGACAAAAGAUACGGUGGUUAUCACUCACGAGGGGUUACCUUUGUUGGACGAUAUUGUCAAAAUAGUGCAGGAUGACUCAGCAGGAGCCAUAUCGACUUUUUCGGGCACAACAAGAGAUACGUUUGAAGGUAAAAAGGUUGUUCAAUUGGAUUAUGAAGCGUACGAACCUAUGGCCAAAAAGGUACUACUGGACAUUAUUCAAAAAGCGCGUAGUAAAUGGAGCUUGAAGCAUAUAGCGAUUUAUCACCGCACAGGAACAGUCCCAGUUGGAGAAGUAAGUGUAGUGAUUGCAGUGUCAUCAGCUCACCGGGGAGAUUCGAUUCAUGCCAUGGAAUACUUGAUUGAUGAAUUAAAGGAGACAUGCCCUAUCUGGAAGCGCGAGGUUUAUGAGGAUGGGUCUGUUUGGAAGGGAGCUUGUUGCACAAGCAAGAUCGGCCACUAAAUCUCUCACAAGAAAACAGCCUAGCGCGCGAUGAAUAAACCGGAUGAUCAAAUUCUUUAAUAAAAAAUCACUCUGAUGACGCCCC